CUUGUCUUCUUUUUACUCAUUUCCUCCCCACACAUCCGCUGAUCACCCUCACGCAGUCAAGCACCCCGACGGCGGCGGCGGCGGCGGCGCCCUGCCCUGCCCCAUUUCCAUGGAGCCGAGCGGCGAGGAGGCCGCCGCCAAGUGCGCGAAGCCCUCCCUCGCCGGGGAGGACCGCCUCAGCGCGCUCCCCGACGACGUCCUCGUCCUCAUCCGCCUCCGCCUCCGCACUCCCGAGGUAGUCCGGACUAGCGUCCUCUCCCGCCGCUGGCGCAGCGUCUGGGGGCUCCUCCCGGAGCUCCGCUUCUCCGAUCCGGAGCCCCACGGCCUCCGCGGUGCCCUCUCCGCCUCCGCGGUGUCCCUCCGCUACCUCCUCGUCUGUUGGCUGCGGGGCGCCCCGGCCGAAUCCAUAGCGAACUGGCUCCCCGCCGCCGCGCGCCGCCUCACUGGAGAGCUUGCCCUCGUCGACAUGGGUCGCGCCGGAGGAGAGUCCGAGGAGAGAGGCACCCUUGACCUGCCCUGCUUCGACAAAGCCACCUCCAUCUCGCUCGACCUAGGGUUCCUCGGCCUCUCCAUGCCAGCCGCCGGGGUCUUCGCCCGGCUCACCGACCUCACCCUGAGCGGUAUCCGGUUCCACGGACCAUGCGAGCUCGGCAGCACUGUCUCUUCGCUGCGGUGCCCGUGCCUGCAGAAGCUCACAGUACACGACUCCUAUGGGCUGGACAAUCUCACCAUCAAUUCCGGCUCUCUCAAGCUGGUGGAGCUUGUGCAGCUGCGUGGUUUGUGGCAGCUAACCGUCGUGGCACCGGUGCUCCAAGAGUUAAGCGUGGUGAGGUGCUUCUUGUGUUAUCAGACCUGACAACCGGUCGUAAAUAUCUUGGUUCCUCAGCUGGAAUCACUCAACUGGGUGGGUGCUUAUGAUCCAAGCUCCGUGCGGAUUGGCAAGAUGGAGAGUCUCAAAUCUCUCACCACUAUUUUUCUUGUGUAUGGAGCAGAGGGCUUUAUACUAAACCCUGCGUGUCUAAUGCUCAUGUCGCGUGUUAAGGUCAUCGAAUCUCUUACUCUCGGACUGUGCCAUCCACAGGAGAUAAAUAACUACCAAUACUUGAUGGAAGACAUGACAAUACUCCCUGAUGUCACAUCUUUGCACCUGAUUCUUAGUGUGGAAGGACAUUCCUUUGGGGCCUGCUCAUUCCAUAUUCUCAGGAUGUGUCCUGGUAUAAAACGGCUGAUAAUGGACUUAUCUAAUCGUUUCAUCUUGAAGCUUUGAUGGAGCAAAUUGGGGAGAAAUAGUGUCAGCGAUUAUAACAAGGACCAGAUCAAGGAGAGGCAUGUUCAGCAGAAGCCCAGUGGCGUGAUAGCCUAACUCUAGCUCAGCUUCUUUGUUCCGCAGUGUAGAUGUGGGGCUGCACUGUGCUCAUGAAGAUGCUGGGGCUUUUUUUGCUAAAAUUAUGUGUACUUAAAGCUAGUAAAACAUAAAAGGCGGGUUAUCGAGAUCGCCAAUUUAGGACCCAGUUAACUUGCUUCUAUGAAGUUUGUUCAAGUACUCUCAGCAUCUAACAUUUCCCCUUAUUGAUAUUCAUAUAUGUUCAUUGUACCACUUUCUCUUAGCACAAAAUAGUGAUGUUUCUGCAAUCAGUUAGCUUCCUCAUUUCCUGGCAGAAUCCUGUACCUAAUGUUGAUGUCUUUUUUGAAUACCUCUAAGGCUCUAAGUAUUCAGGCUAUCCUCUCUUUUUGUGUCAUCCUGCAAUAUCAGUUAAUCUUAAAUGAGUUAAUUUGCUUCUGGUUUCAGGCACAAGCUGAAUGCCCACAGGGCUGCAUUUGUGAUCAGCCAUCAAACUGGAAAACUGAGGAGCUCAAGUUGAAUUGUCCCCGUGAAAUGGAAAUCCGAGAGUUCAGAGGGUCAGAUCAUGAACUUGUUUUUUUGAAGCGACUAUUCACUUGGGCAACAGGCCUAAAAAGAAUAGCAGUAGCUUUCAAUGUUUCAGUUGCUGAAAGCGCGACUAAGGAGUUGUGCAAGAUGUUGCGAACCUUCUCCAGGCCAGAAAUAUGCAUGGACUUUUAUGUGUACCAGAACAUGGUUAAGGUGUUGUAUGCAUAUGAAGACUAGGGCGCUACUUCAAGUUACUUAAAGCACUAGACUUUUUUUUACUUUCCUGCAUGUCAUGUACUCGGAAUGCUUGAGGACAUCAAAAUGUUAUCGCUUAUAAAAUUGUUAAGAUCCAUCAUUCUAUGUUUUCCAUUGCUUUAUGUCUGGUUCUUACUCAUGAAGGUGUAAGCAAGCAUUCUUUUCACGA